AUGCUCCAUGUCGACCGGCAGGGAGGCACUUGGAGAUUGCUGGGAUCUGUUGUGUAUAUUCACAGACAGGAACUCAUCACUACGCUAUAUAUAGGAUUUCUUGGACUAAUCUUCUCCUCAUAUUUUGUCUACCUCGCUGAAAAGGACAAUACCAAAGAAGGGAAUUCUGCAUUCACUAGUUAUGCUGAUGCCCUUUGGUGGGGUGUUAUAACAGUGACAACCAUUGGGUAUGGAGACACAGUUCCACAGACCUGGAUGGGGAGAAUUGUUGCUUCUUGCUUCUCAGUCUUUGCAAUUUCCUUCUUUGCUCUCCCAGCUGGAAUUCUAGGAUCUGGUUUUGCUCUUAAAGUACAGCAGAAACAACGUCAAAAACAUUUUAAUCGACAGAUACCAACUGCUGCCAAUCUCAUACAGUGCCUCUGGAGGUGCCAGUCGGCAGAGCCUUCGUUUAACUCAUCAGCCACUUGGAGAAUGCAUAUUCAAGAAAACCAAAAAUACAAUCGGCCGUGUCAAAUUAAUCCAAACCCCUCCGGGUUUUUUCGUGUUGGUCGCCGAACGAGCUUACUGAAAAAACGAAGGUUUUCCCGAUCACUGAAUCCGUCAGGUGCUUCUCUUGAUCGACAAGAGAGUUGCUCUUCAUUACCUGGAUUCUUUGAGCCUCCAAACAAACCAUCCACUCCAACUAGAGGGAAAGAAAGCAUUCCCAGAAUGUGUCUGCCUCCUGAGAACAGUGAAACUUCCAUGGACGAUGCAGACAAUGAAAUAGAUUCUUCCCAAGUUUCAAAACCCUUUGAGUAUGUAUCAUGGCACUUUGAACCCUUUCAUUUUCAUUCUUUAUCAGAUAAUCCUCAUCUACAAGGUUGA